CCCAUGACCGAUACGAAAAUCCCCAAAAACCUAACCUCCCAAACCGUUUCCCCUCACCCACCCAUAACCCUCACACAUAUAAACCAACGCAAUUCCAACUUCUCUCUCACAACAACAAAAUCUCAAACCCCAAAACCUUCUCCCAAUAAUGGAUCGGAUCAAAGGCCCAUGGAGCCCCGAAGAGGACGACGCUCUAAAGAACCUCGUCGAGCGCCACGGCCCCCGUAACUGGUCCCUCAUCAGCCGCGCUAUCCCCGGCCGCUCCGGUAAAUCCUGCCGCCUCCGUUGGUGUAAUCAGCUUUCUCCUCAAGUCGAGCAUCGCGCUUUUACACCUGAAGAAGAUAGUCUCAUCAUCAGAGCACACGCUCAGGUCGGUAACAAAUGGGCCACGAUAGCACGGUUACUCUCUGGUAGAACCGAUAACGCUAUCAAAAACCACUGGAACUCAACUCUCAAGCGUAAGUGUUCGUCUUUCAUGGCUUCCGACGAUCCAUCCUUCAAUCCUCAACCGCUCAAACGCUCCGCCAGCGUCGGCGCGCCGGGGAGUCCGUCCGGUUCUGAUUUAAGCGAUUCCGGAAAUCAUAUCUUCCGUCCUGUUCCCGUUCCGAUUCCGGUUCGAUUACCUGUCGAAUCAACAUCUGAACCAGAACCAGAGGAAGACGACGGUCCAUUUACUUCGCUUUCGCUCUCGCUCUCUCUCCCAGGCUUGGAUACAUCAGAUGCGGUGAACAAUCACCGUCCUGCGGCGGUGGUUCCGACUAGUCCAUCUCCUUCUCCGUUAAGUGCUGUAACGGCUUCUGUGGCGGCGAAGGUUUCUCAAGAAGUUGGAAUCGGAGCGUUGAAUUUGAGUGGUGAAUUCAUGGCGGUUAUGCAGGAAAUGAUAAAGAAUGAAGUGAGGAGUUACAUGGAAGAGCUUAAUGGGAUGUGUUUUCAGGGUGUGGAUAGGCUCAGAAACGUUUCUGCUAAACCAAUUGGGAUUAACAGGGUUGAUUCCUAAUUUGGGUGAUUAGAAUUUAAUUAGAGUAUUUUAAUUAAUGUUAAUGUUAACAAAAAAAUGGGUUUGAAAAAAAGAAGAAAAGAGGAAGCUUUAUUUUUUUCUUUUUUUUUAAGCAAAUAAUUUUGGCCAAUGUACAGAGGAGAGAGUUAGUUGAGAAAUGGAAGUUCAUUUACUUGGCAAUGGCAAAUCUGUAAAUUCUCUCUUGUUCGGUUUGGUUGGAAAAGAAAAAGAGGGUUUAGUUGGGAAAGAAAAUGGAAUAUCCUCAAAAAUUUCUUAUUUGAGUUUAA